AGUCCACUCUUUUCAAUACCGGAGGAGAUUCAUUGAACCGAGAACUGAAAGAGCUGCUACUGAAACAUAGCAAGCCGAUCCCACCGAUGACUCUUCUCGAUUUGGUGGCCACUGAUGAUGAGCUGUUAGCAGACGAUACUUCGUCAGUUUCGUCUUAUACCCAGUUCCCUGACGCGGUUAGCAGUCAGCUGACGGCCAUCGCUGAUUGGCUGGUGACGCAGGGCGGAGGAGGCGUUGGAGUGGAGGGGGGCGAGUACAUGUCGGUGUAUGCGCGUGUGCGCGCCACUGUUAUGCUCAAAUCGCUGCAACUUCUCAAGGAACAGCAGCGAACGGGUAGUGGUGGAAGUGUGCAGGGGGUGGGGGGUGCCUCGUCCCCUAUCAUGAGAACCAAGUACCCUCAAAAGCACGAGGCUGCUGGGCGUAGAGCUUCAAAACGGCUUCAGCAUGUAUUCGAGAAGAAAGCAAACAAACUAAUGAUGAAAGCCUCACAGACAUUGGAGCAAUCAACUGGACUCACUUUGGGUAAUCGCAGAGGAGUCUUGCAUCUGGAGAACAGAGAAGACGUAGUGGACGAACACGAGAUGGAGAACUAUUUGGUGUGUGUGAUGGCACUACAGCGACUGAUGCAGAACGAGCGACAUCUGAUGGCGGGCAUCAUUCCACUCUCGCAACAGAGUUACGUCUUCCAGAAAAUCAUCAAGGACUCCAUGGACGUCAUUGUACAGGAUGGAGAGGUGAGUUAUCGGUCUUCAAUCUUCAGUCUCAUCAAAUUCGAUUUACACAAUAACUCUU